AUGAAGAGAACUCUUCUUAUACUCAUUCUGAGUCUGAUAGCACUCGAUUCCGAAUGCGGCGCCACGCCUCUUUUGGAAAAGCAACGGCUGUAUCAGCCACAUGGGAAUGGUUGGAAAGAGUUUGAGACUUUACAUAAAGCAGCAAAAGACCUGGGCGCUGGAAAAGUUAAGGUAUCUGGCAUUCCCUCAAUCCUCCUUGGUGCUCUUUCCAAGCGAAUCGGAGCCCUGGUCCCAUCGUCGGCAGUCUACAAAGCAGGAUGCAUAGUGGGGGCCGAUCAGCUGGCGGGGCCCUCCUCUUGGAGGGGGACUCAUGACCUCUUGAUGAAACCCAACACCGACGGCACUUGCCGGACUCCAGCGCUGCAAGCGCAGGGGGUAGGGGAGAAGGAGUUGCACAUGCAAUGGGACAAUGAAUCAAACCCUCCAAAGAUGCCUCCAGUAGCCGAAGUGUACGAUACAGUGUUUGCACGUCGCACGCGUUCAGCCAUGCUUCCAAAGGAUAGUGACCCGGCUUUGAGCUUCUGGUUUCUAUCCUUUGUCAACUGGUUUCACGAUGACAACUUCAGGACUCUGCCAGGCACAAACGGAAGUUUCACUUGGAGUGACGCCUCUGGUCUGCACAUGUCUCAGCUGUACGGGCACACACCAUACCGGCAAAGCGCUCUACGAACCCUGGCAGGGGACGGGAAAAUGAAGACGUCUUCUAUGGGAGGUUGGGACUCCUAUCCUCCUCUUUGGAGCGACAUCAAGAAGGACUAUCCCGAGUUUGAAAUGUGGACCCCCACGCAAGGACCCAGCAGCUCAUCGAGUGCAGCCAACAAGACCCAAGAGCAUGUGGAUAACAACAUGGAGCACUACUUUGCAAUUGGUGAUCCCAGGUUCAAUCUCCAUGCAGGACACGUGGUGUGGACCAGCAUUGGCUUGUUCCUGCACAACACGGCUUGUGACAUCUUAAUGGAACAGACUUCGAGAUUGUGGACUGACGAGGACGUGUUCCAGCGGGCACGAGUCAUGACAUUUCACAUCAUUCAGAAGAUCAGGCUUCAAGACUUUGUCUCUGACAGUGUCUCCCACGUUCGUGACCACACUCGGAUUGGGUACGACCCCCCUGUGCUGAGAGAGCUACUUGCACCCCACUUUCCUUUCUCGGCCGCCGCCAAACCAAACUUUCUCGAGUUCAAUCAUGUAUAUCAAGCUUGGCAUUCGUUGAUCCCUGAUCACUUGGUCUUGAAUGGCACCAACGUCCCCCUUCAUCAAACAAUGUGGUCUCCUCGGCUGUUUCAACACUUCAGCAUCAGCGAUUUGGCCGCGGCCUUUUCAGACACAAGGAUUGCCAAGUAUGGCCCUCAUAACUUUCCCUUUUUUACAAGGGGGGUGACCGAGGAAGCUCUAAGCAAUGAGCGAGCUCAGCGUUUGCCUUCUUACAAUGCCUACAGACAGUACGUUGGCCUUGAGCCAUUGACUUCGUUUGAUCAAUUCGCUGUUGACAACCCAGCGGAAAUGGCACAGCUCUACGACAAUCAAAUUGACAAUGUCGAGUUCCUGACCGGGGUGAUUGCCGACUCGAAUGCAGAACUCGAAGGAAACUUCAUGGGGGAUACCCAGCUCAUCAUUGUAAGCAUCUUUGCUUUGCAAGAUGUUGCGAACAGUGCCCUUGUCCAGAACCCGCUCCUUUGGAGCGAAGAGUACUUGACUGGACCAGGUCUCCAAUGGAUAAAGGACUUUGAGUUCCGUGAUCUGCUUGAAACAGUCUUGUUAUCUUCGGGUAACUAUCCUUGUCCCUUCCAGACAACGGACAGUCAAGAUGCUGAAAGCUGCCAUCAACCCCAAGAAUGGAAAGAACCACAAGAUGUAGGAUCUUGUUUCAUGGAUUCAUCACGGGUCUGUAGCUACGUUGGCGUGGAUUUCACAGAGUGGUUCUACUACGAGAACGGUUACAUGCGAGUUUUGCUUCUCCAAGUCUUCAUAUCCUUGGGUCUAAUCACCAUUCUUUAUGUGUCCGCAUUUGUUCUUGUUUCUCGCUUUUGGCCCAUGGAAGGGCAAGCGCGACCUCCCGAACUUCUCAAGGGUGGCAGCAGUGACGAGCCUGCAGGAGAUGUGACAACUCUCCCUGAAGGCACUGUCUCUGAGAGUGGGGAAAGUGGGGACCAGACAAAUGUUCCUAGCAAUGCUGCACAACUAUCACUGGAGACCAACAACAAUCGAAUCUUCCAUCAACGGCUCCGUCUUUGCUCCCUGAUGAUCAACUUCAGCUUAUCGGCGACCCUCUGCAUUCCUACUUCAUUCGUCUGGUACAGCGUCCACAGCGACCCUUACUGGAUUCAGAAGUUUGGGGAAUCGACCUACGUGAUCCCAGGUUGGACUGUCAUUUUGGUCGGUAUCCAUUUUGUGGCGGAGAUCGCCAUGCGCCUGGCUCAGUGGCGCUUCACAGCCAACACGACGGGUUCGUCUUCUGCUAGGUCCAUUUUCAUUCAGCUGACAGUUCAUCACUUGGGCUUUUUCGCUUUUGGCAUACUCUACACGUAUGCCGCCGAUGUGGCUGUUUUCAAGAUGGGUUUCACUGUCUUGACGGCCUGGCUCUGGGAGUGGACCAUGUUCCUGGCCUUUUUUGUGAUGCGCGUCUUUGAUGCUACCUAUGAGACCUGGAGACAAUGUCCUGGAGAUGAUGGACUCUGUGUUCAGCAGACAAGGAUGUUCCAGUCGCGUGCUUACCGAUGCAUGGUGUUCUACGGUUUGCCACUUUUGACUAUUGGUUACUUUGCCACUCGCAUUUUGGAGGCAGUGGUCCUCGUGCAGCUGUUCAUUUGCAGCUUGCAACGAGGAGUCCCACAUUCGAGCGCAGCAGCGUCUUUCUGGGCGCUCUCCGCGAUAGCAUGUCUCUUGGUCGGGCUGCAACUCCAUGCUGGAUUACUACUCACUGGUCUUUAUCAGCGCCGAAAGCGUCCAUUGGUCAAAUGGAUGGCACAGGCAAGAAAUAGGGGUGAUGAAAGGAGCCGUGGCGGCGACGGCGAUGUUACCGGACCCUUCUCGAUCCUCGGCAGAAGUAUCCAAGACAGCGUCCAAUUGGAUGACGGCUCCACGGUCCACUUCAACGCUAGUUUGGGGAGACAGCCACAUCAAGAAGCGACCGAGUAUGCUGAACCACCCGGGGAAGUCGAGUGCUAG